CCUGCACACAGAAAAAUGGAAGACGAAGUCGCUGCCCUCGUUGUUGACAACGGAUCUGGUAUGUGCAAAGCUGGCUUCGCAGGAGAUGAUGCUCCACGUGCUGUCUUCCCCUCCAUCGUUGGCCGCCCUAGGCAUCAGGGUGUAAUGGUCGGUAUGGGCCAGAAGGACAGCUAUGUUGGUGAUGAAGCACAGAGCAAAAGGGGAAUCCUGACCCUGAAGUAUCCCAUUGAGCAUGGUAUCGUGACCAACUGGGAUGAUAUGGAGAAGAUCUGGCAUCACACUUUCUACAAUGAGCUGAGGGUUGCGCCUGAGGAGCACCCAGUCCUGCUGACCGAAGCACCCCUGAACCCCAAGGCCAACAGGGAAAAGAUGAGCCAGAUCAUGUUUGAGACCUUCAACACACCUGCCAUGUACGUGGCCAUCCAGGCUGUGCUGUCCCUGUACGCCUCUGGUCGUACCACUGGUAUCGUCAUGGACUCUGGAGAUGGUGUGACCCACACUGUCCCCAUCUAUGAAGGCUAUGCUCUCCCCCACGCCAUCCUCAGGUUAGACCUGGCUGGAAGGGACCUCACAGACUACCUCAUGAAAAUCCUGACCGAAAGGGGUUACAGCUUCACCACCACAGCUGAACGUGAGAUUGUGCGUGACAUUAAGGAGAAGCUGUGCUAUGUUGCACUGGACUUUGAGCAAGAAAUGGGAACUGCUGCCUCUUCUUCUUCAUUGGAGAAGAGCUACGAGCUGCCUGAUGGCCAGGUUAUCACCAUUGGCAAUGAGAGGUUCCGUUGCCCCGAGGCCCUCCUCCAGCCUUCUUUCUUGGGUAUGGAGUCUUGUGGUAUCCAUGAAACCACCUACAACAGCAUCAUGAAGUGUGACGUGGAUAUCCGUAAAGACUUGUACGCCAACACUGUCCUGUCUGGAGGCACCACCAUGUACCCUGGAAUUGCUGACCGCAUGCAGAAGGAGAUCACUGGCCUGGCACCCACCACCAUGAAGAUCAAGAUGAUUGCUCCCCCAGAGAGGAAGUACUCUGUAUGGAUUGGAGGCUCCAUCCUGGCUUCCCUGUCCACCUUCCAGCAGAUGUGGAUCAGCAAGCAGGAAUAUGAUGAGUCUGGUCCCAGCAUUGUGCACAGGAAGUGCUUCUAAAGACUGAUUCCACUACCCAUCACACCUGUAGUUUUGCUUGAUAU